AUGCUUUGUAUCUGUGUAACUGCACAGGGCUCUGGCUACAUUACAAAAAUUGAUGAUGGUGGCAUGAAUUCUAUAAUCUAUUAUCGAAUUCUAGAGGAGGCUCUGGCCAAGAUAUUAUCGCGUUAUUUCUCAUUUUCUCUCGUGUGGAUCAAGCUCAUCUCCAAACCCAUACUGCACACACAGCCUGUUAUUAGUUUAUCCGUCAUCUAUUCGCUCCAUUCACCAGUAUAUAUAAAAAAAAUAAUAAUCUGUAUCGAUCAUUAG